AUGAGCACCGCCGCAAAGGAGCGAAAGCGAGCAGCAGACCGCGAAGCCCAGCGCCACAAUCGCGCUCGAACCAAGGCCUAUAUCGCCUACCUGGAAAAGACCCUCCAAGAUCUAUCCAGCCCCAGCGGGGAAGGGCAAAACACCCUCGGCCACCAGAUCGCCCAGCAGCAAGAGAAGAUCAACCACCUCCAGGAAACCCUCCGCAAGAUCGCCAGUCUCGCCCAGGACGCCGCGAAUCCACUUCCUACUUCAUCCUCAGCUACUUCGAAUCCAGCCGGGCCACCUUCCGGCCCACCUCAGCCUCUAGCUGAGGAGGAACCCUUUCCCACCGGCGCAUGCAACGUCCUUCCCGCGGCCACUGGCUUCUUCGGCUUAGAUCUGAUCUGCUCUGACCGGGAGCGGAACUAUCUCGCGGUGCUGGGCAGCGCCGUGACGCUGGUGCAGUACUGUUCCCCUGGUCUGUCGGAGAACCCGAGGUCAGGAUCAGCAACCGACGACGACUUCUGCAUUCGCGCCGUCGUCGACGGCUGGAAGGUCGCCACGACGCGAACCGAGGCCGAUGUGGUUUGGAGUCUGCUGCAGGCGAUCGAUGAGGGCCUGUUCUACCGGACAGAUCCCGUGACGCGGAUUGCGCUGCUGCGGAUCAUGAGACCGAUGCUGUUGGUUCGUUUCCGUCGCCUCCCUGGUUUCUAUUCGCUUGCUUACGCGCCUCAAGCAGAGGAUAGGCAUUGUCCACGAAGCUUCAUCGCUCCCGGGGUAUAUGCUCGCUACUCCUCCAGCCCCGUGCAAACGAGUGUUGCGCAUCAGCCGUUCCUCGACUUCUUUCCGUGGCCACAGUUCCGAGAUACCUGGAUCCUGAAAGGUAUGGAAUACGCGGACGAGAACUGCGCCGCGUCGUUCGGCACCCGGAUCCGCUUCGAGUGGCCGUACGAGCUCCGCGAUGUGUACAAGAGAAACGUCCUGGGCGAGACGGUGUCCUUCUCCGCGGAAUUUGAGACCCGGUACCAAGAUCUGCGCAGCUGGAAGCUUGAUUCGGAAGGGGACUGGCUACAGUGGUCGUCGGAGGGGUGUUCAGUCCUGCCGGAGGGGCUACCAUCGCUUUCGCUUUCGGGGGAUGCGUAUGAUGAAAUCUGAAAAUUGGCAAGCUUGGCAAGCUUGCGAGACCAAUCGCACCCAAUCACCAUAUCUGUCCGAUUAUCACGCAGGUUCCAGACAUCUGAAUGUGGCCUCCCAACACGACUGGCCAAGAUGUGCCCUUCGGCCCGCCUCCUGAUCUCAGGUUCUCUGGAAUCCCCAUGCGCCGCAUCACCUCCGGGAGAUCCGUUUGCGAGGGGGUUGCAUUCAGAGAUUAAAUUUUCAGUCCAGUGCCGCCCAAGCACUGUGGCUAUCAUCCAUAGGUGCAGACAACCCUCUU